AUGGGUGACAGUGAUACAAAUGUUAAGCAAUGGAAAAUUCGCAGGCUAAUUGCAACUCUAGAAGCAGCUCGUGGGAAUGGGACAUCUAUGAUUUCUUUAGUAAUCAAACCCAAAGAUGAAAUCUCAAGAAUUUCAAAAAUGCUUGCUGAUGAAUAUGGUACUGCCUCAAAUAUAAAAAGUAGAGUUAAUAGAUUGUCCGUCCUUUCUGCAAUUACAAGUGCUCAACAACGCUUAAAGCUAUAUAACAGAACUCCACAAAAUGGUUUAGUACUGUACUGCGGUACACUAAUUACCGAAGAUGGUAAAGAAAAAAAAGUCAACAUUGACUUCGAACCAUUUAAGCCUAUCAAUACUUCAUUAUAUUUGUGUGAUAAUAAGUUUCAUGUAGAUGCACUUAAGGAACUAUUAGAGACAGAUGACAAAUUUGGUUUUAUUAUUGUUGAUGGUAAUGGAGCAUUAUAUGGGGUAGUACAAGGAAGUAGUAGAGAAGUUUUGCUUAGAUUUACUGUAGAUCUUCCUAAAAAGCAUGGACGUGGUGGACAAUCAGCACUACGUUUUGCCCGUCUUAGAAUGGAGAAACGCCACAAUUAUCUUCGUAGGGUAGCAGAGACUGCUACAUCUUUAUUUAUAUCUAAUGACCAAAUUAAUGUCGCAGCUUUGAUUUUAGCUGGAAGUGCUGACUUUAAAAAUGAACUAGCACAAAGUGAUAUUUUUGACCAAAGACUAGCAAGUAAAGUACUGAAGAUUGUCGAUAUAUCUUAUGGAGGUGAUAAUGGAUUUAACCAAGCUAUUGAACUAUCAGCAGAUACUCUUCAAAAUGUUAAGUUUGUUCAAGAGAAGAAGCUUAUUACUAAAUUUUUUGAAGAGGUUGCUCAAGAUACUGGUAAGUUUGUUUAUGGGAUAAAUGAAACACUCCAAGCACUAGAGAUGGGUGCAGUUGAGCUCUUAAUAGUUUGGGAGAAUCUAGAUACAAAGAGAACUGUUGUUAGAAAUCCAGCUAAUAAUGAAGAGAAGAUCUUUCUUACUGGUUUAACAGAACAGUAUGAUGAAUCUAAAUUUAAAGAUCCAGAAACAGGGGCUGAAUUUGACAUUAUAGAGGUUCUUCCUCUGACAGAAUGGCUUGUAAACUCUUAUCAGAAUUUUGGUGCCCAAUUGGAAUUUGUUACAAAUAAAUCACAAGAAGGAAAUCAAUUCCAACGAGGAUUUGGUGGGUUUGGUGGAAUAUUAAGAUACAAAGUAGAUUUUCAAGAUUAUGCAGUUGUAGACAAUGAAUUUGAUGAAUUUAUUUAAUAAGAGUACAAUUCAUAUGAUUUCAUAUGAAAACAAAAGAUAUCAUAAGAAGAAAUUAAUUUCUGUAGUAACAGUUUCCCAAGAAUUUAAUUCACUUAUAAGGAAUAUUUUACUUUUCAAUAAUAUUUCACUAUGAAUUAAGUCUUACUUGAAGUCUUUAUAGAAAGAAUAGCUAAA